AUGGAUAUUCCUUCCAUCUCGCGUGCUAUGAACUGCAAUAGAUUUGAAGAAAUCAGACGAUUUCUUCACUUCAAUGACAAUACGUCUCAAGCUCCUCAAGGGCAGCCAGGGUAUGAUAAGCUUUUCAAGAUACGUCCAUUUCUAAACAAAAUUCGUGAACGUUUCUUGCUUGUUCCUAAGGAGGAACAUAUGGCCGUAGACAAACAAAUAAUCCCGACAAAAGCGCGAUCAAGCCUCAAGCAAUAUAAUCCCAAGAAACCACAUAAGUGGGGAUACAAGGUUUUUGUUCUAAGUGGAUUUUCCUAUGAUUUUGAUUUUUAUUGUGGAACUACUACUCUUGAAGAUGAUCAACCAGGAAGUUAUGAGCAGAGCUUGUACUUUAGAAAGAAAAAGAGGGAGGUCAAGUACUAG